AUGUGUAAGACCCAGAACCUGUGUGACAACAGCAAUGAGGCACUCGCCGAAAACAACCUGCAUCUUCCCAAUAUCACAGAGCGAGAUGGAUGCUUCCCUCUUGCAUUCAACGAGGAGACAUGCUUGAUAAAGAUCAUCGGUGGUCUUCUAGAAUUUGACACAUAUCUUUACUACAUGGAAACUGAGACGAAGGAUACCAGGUUUCAAACCCUAAAGCUGAGCACUACUCAACUAGCCCACGAUCUGAAGCUUUUGAUCAAAAAGACAGAUGCAGUUCCCACCCCCAACCCAACUACCUCCAAGAUCCUACUCUCCGAGCUGCAGUCUCUGAAAGCCUGGUCUAGGGAUGUGGGUCUCCGUCUCAUCCUGUGGCACUAUACACGCUUCAUCCAGGGGACUAUUCGGGCUGUUCGGUUUCUGAACACCAGGAGUCUUGAUGCCUGA